CAGAGAAAUCAGAAUCGAAGACACACUCAGCAGGAGAGGCAGGUGAGAGCAUCGACCAUUUUGAGACUUAACUCUGGUUAUUGUUAAAAAAAAGUGCUUUAUGGAACAAAAAACUGCGGUAGUAAACAAGAUUAACCUUAACAUUGAGUCUUUGACCAUGAAAGGAGAAACAUGAUUAGGACGGGUGUCAGAAUGGAGGAAGACCACUGACGGGAUGAAAGCAGAGAAAAGGGAGCGUGGUUUUGCUUUUUAAAAAUGUAGUCAAAGGCCGCUAAGAUAACAUUUUAUUUCAAAUGGCGCGAUUCAAGAACUCCAGCUGAGCCUUUAUUUACCUGCAAUACGUUUUUUUGCUCUUGAUUCGUACAUCGGAGAAUGGAAGAACAACAUAGUUAAAUCGGUGGGAUCAAGCAAGUGUGUAUCUAAUACCUUUGUUAUCUGUAAAAUUGGCAACCGAGACUGUACGGGUGACAACAAAUUGGCCUAGAUCAAUCAAAGUCCUCGAAAUCUCAUUACUCGGAACAUCUGACAGAAAGAAGUAUUCAAUAGGCUCUAUUGGGGACCUUUGAAUUCAGUCUUCUACACAUCAAAGGCCACAGAGCUGAGAUACAUUUAUGUUUGGAAUCGCUGUGUUUUGGAGAAAAACUAUGAAUGUGGUCAGUGAAUGUGCAACGAGUUAAAGGACGGCCGCCAAUGCUGUGUGUUUUGAGCUAACCCCCUACCAGGCAGUCCAUGAGCCUGUCGAUAUGAUGGUUUGAUGUCAGUCAGAAAAGAACCCCCACUACAACAACAGAGGGGCUGGAACAGAGAGACAAGAACAGAAGAAGGGGAGAAAGGAAAGAACCAUCGCCGGAUGAACUCGGUUGUGAUUAAAGAUGGCGGCCGUGCAUACCGCAGACUGCGUAGCACUGGAUUUGAUUCAUAGAAAGACAGUCGGAGUAGUCGGUAUAUCAGCACAUCAAAAACGAGCAUCACUUAACAAGAAACGAAUGGAUAGAAAAUGCAUCCCGUUAUGGCAACAUUUCCUAUUGGCACUAACAUUGACUUUGCUAGUACUCAGAGAAAUGUCUUCACUGGCACCUGAAAUAUCCAAUAAGCUUGCAAUGGGAACCUCAGAAAAUGGAUGUCAAAUUGGAGGAGAAAAAUCCUUAAAACAAUGGAGUAACAUUUUACUAAAGGAGAAAUUAUUUUGCAGUGGCAUCAGUAGAGGUGUGGAUCUGACAGUUCUGUGGUGUGGGCGGUACUGGGACGGGGUGUAUGGACGCUGUGAACAUGAGCGUAGGCGACAAGUUGGGGGGUUACCUGGUGGACAUGGGGGGCAGCUUCACUGAGGAUGCCCCCAGACCUCCAGUCCCUGGGGAGGAGGGGGAGGAGCUGGUAUCCAGCGAUGGAAGGCCCUACAGCCAUAGCUUCUACUGUUCCAAGAACGAGAGCCUAAAGAGUGAGGCCUCUACGGCCACACCCCGGCGACCGGACCUGGACCUGGGCUAUGAGCCGGAGGGAAGCGCCUCCCCCACGCCACCCUACCUUAAGUGGGCUGAAUCCCUGCACUCCCUCCUGGACGACCAGGAUGGUAUUCACCUGUUCAGGACGUUUCUCAAGCAGGAAGAUUGCGGGGAUAUGUUGGACUUCUGGUUCGCCUGCAGUGGCUUCCGGAAGCUUGAGACCAGUGAGAGCCAGGGCGAGGAAAAGAAGCUGAAACUGGCGAAAGCCAUUUAUAAAAAGUACAUCCUGGACAGCAAUGGGAUAGUAUCGAGACAGAUCAAACCGGCCACUAAGAGCUUCAUCAAAGACUGCGUGGCGAGGCUUCACAUUGACCCUGCCAUGUUUGACCAAGCCCAGACUGAGAUACAGACUAUGAUGGAGGAGAACACCUACCCGCUGUUCCUGAAGUCAGACAUCUACUUGGAAUACACCAGGACUGGGGGGGAGAGCCCUAAGCUCUUUAGUGACCAGAGUUCUGUCUCUGGGGGCGGGAAAGUGUUACCAGGGUAUUUGCCAACACUGAACGAGGAUGAGGAGUGGAGAUGUGACCACGAGCCGGAUGUGCAGCCGGAGAGUGAGCCUACACCCAGCAGCCGGCUCACUCAGAAGUUGCUCCGGGAGACUGCUUCGCAACUUGUCACCAGCAACAAGAGAUUCCAGGACAUCCACGAGUAUAGACAAGUGCCAUGGCGGGAGCCUGUCAACCCAUACUAUGUCAACACGGGUUAUGCUAUGGCCCCUGCCACGAGCGCCAACGACAGCGAGCAGCAGAGCGUGUCCAGUGCCAGCGACGUAGACACGCUCUCCCUAACCGACAGCAGUGUAGACGGGGUUCCACCGUACAGAUACCGCAAACAGCAUCGACGGGAGAUGCACGAAAGUGCCAAAGCAAAUGGGCGAGUACCACUACCUCAUAUUCCUCGCACAAAUCGGAUACCAAAGGACAUCCAUGUGGACCCGGAGAAGUUUGCGGCCGAUCUAAUCAGCAAGCUGGAGGGAGUGCUGCGGGAGAGGGAGGCCCAGGAGAAACUGGAGGAGAGACUGAAGAGGGUUAGAUUGGAGGAGGAGGGUGACAAUGCAGACAUCUCCACGGCCACUUCCUUGUCCAGUCACAGACCACCCACCGGCGGCGUGCCACAGCACUACAACAACCCACGCUACUGUGACAUCAGCUACAACGGCCUGGCGCUGCGUCUCGACGCCCACGAGGAGAACCCCGAGAGCAUCCUGGACGACCAUGUCCGGCGUGUCAUGAAGACACCUGGCUGCCAGUCCCCCGGUACUGGCCGCCAUUCCCCCAAAUCCCGCUCCCCCGACGGACUCCCUUCAGGCGGCAAGGUGCUCGGACCCGGGGUGCCACCGCCCACGGGCCCAGGCAAGUACCCGGCACGGCUGGGCCCCAAAGGGGAGGCUUCCAGCCACCAGUACCAUCACAAACACGUGCAUCACCUCCACCACCCGGCCGGAGGGAAGCCUAAAGAGCAGGUGGAGUCUGAGGCCGCCGUGAGGGUUCAGGGUAACUUCCUCUGGGGGAUGGAGCUACACCACUACGGGCCUAAGUCUCACAGCUAUGCUGAUGGCAUGGGCCCCAGCCCUGUGGAUCUCAUGGGAUGCAGCAAAGGAGGCAUGCCGUCGAAGCGGACGUUUAAGAAGGGUGAGGAGGUGCGGAACGCUGAGGCGCCUGCGCCUCCAGAGGAUGUGGAGAGGAAUCAGAAGAUCCUCCAGUGGAUGAUGGAGGGAGAGGCGGUCCGGCACAAGAAGAGCCCCUAUGGGAGCACCACGGGGACCAAGAAGACGCAGUUGAGCCAUGAGUUAUCGCGGCCCAGCUCGGUGGAGCGUCCCGGGGCAGUGCAUCCAUGGGUCAGCGCCCAACUGCGGAACAAUGUUCAGCCCUCGCACCCUUUUAUCCAGGACCCUACCAUGCCCCCAAAUCCAGCUCCGAAUCCCCUCACCCAGUUGGAGGAGGCUCGGAGGAGACUAGAGGAGGAGAAGAAGAAGUCGGUGACCUUAAUGACCAAGCAGAGGUAUGUGAUGGAGGUGAUCCAUCGGGGGCGCACCCCCGUCAGGCCCGCCUUGUUCCCACCACUCGGCGUGGCGCCCACCGUCUCAGAGUCAGAACAUAAAACCACAAAGAAGCCUGCAUGUGAGAACAUCACAGUGGCCUACUACUUCUGUGGGGAGCCCAUCCCAUACAGGACGUCGGUCAAAGGUCGCAUUGUCACGCUCGGCCAGUUUAAGGAGCUGCUGACUAAGAAAGGAAGCUACAGGUAUUAUUUCAAGAAGGUAAGUGAUGAGUUUGACUGUGGGGUGGUGUUUGAAGAGGUACGCGAAGAUGAUGCGAUCUUGCCGAUUUUCGAGGAGAAGAUCAUUGGGAAAGUGGAAAAGAUUGAUUGAUAUAUGGAGGGAAGAGACUUCUUCAAAAAGUCCGCCGGCAUCAGUGUGCUAGGUGGAUGAGCUGUUCGGUUGAGUGAAAGUGUUUGGAGUGAGGAGUGGCAGGGGAGAAAAGGCACAGCGCAAGUCGAGAUACAGGAGGGAUCGGAUGAGAGGAGGAAAAGGAGAAUGCACAAUGGUCACUGUGGGAGAGACACUAAUGACUACAAGGCUUUUUUGUGGUCCUUUUGUAUCUGUUCAUUGCCACUGCAUUGUGGAGAAAGAGUACGAAAGCAUUGGACUGAAAAAAGGAAAGACAUUCUGUCCUUGUCUUUCUAACUCUGCGUGUAAUAUAAUGUAGCAUUGUUAAAGUUUGAUUAGAAGAAAGUACUAUGAAUCUGCUUACUAAAGCUGCAUAUUAUUUUUGAUAUGAUGUAUCAGAAGGUAUCCUUUGUAAUCUAACAACGCUUGUAAUUUUUAUAUGUACCGGUACCAGAUGUGUACAGAUUGUCUGUUUAAACCAUAACGAUAAAGAUUUAUAUUAUCUAUUUAAAUAUUUAAAAAGCUGUUGUUUUAAUCCUUUUAAAUCUGUGGCUCUGUUAAAUUUGACUAGAACCAAGUGUUUUGAUGGGGCUGUUUUUUUUGUUUUGUUUAGUAUUGUAGAGCUGCUAUGCGAAUUUCAACAGCACCAUGUUCUACAAUUAUAAGUGCUUUUAAAAUUAACAUCAACCUUAUCAGUGACGGUAAGUUGUACUGCACUUAUCACUGUUAUGCGUCAAUUGAAAUUGAGCAAAAGGAAAAGUUAUCACUUCUUAACACAGUGUUACCUGGUGCUAUUGCCACAAAGCAGUGCACAGUUCAAGAUUUGCCCAUUCACCCACUAGAUUUAAAUAAGACUGGAUGUGUUUUGGUUGGAUCGAGUGUGUGAGUACGAAAAUAACUGUCCGCCCCUUUGGGCCAACAGGACUCAGAAACACUGUCUUACUCGAUUCUUCCUUAUGGUUUUUAGUUUUUUUUUCCAUUUAAAAAAGGGACACCCGAGCAACAGCGCGGUUUGCCAUGUUCUGAAUUCUGAGCUCUUAACUUUCUGAAAGAAAGUAUACCUGUAUCUGAAGACUUCUGUCUACUUACUGUAAAUCAGUCCCCACUAUGAUCAAUAAGGUUUUGAUUUUGCUACAGUAAUGUAUUUAUUGUAGCAGACCAGCGCAGGAAGCAAAUGAACAACCAGUUUUGUACAUGCUACUUACAGUAAAAGUUCUGAUUAUAUUUAGAGUCCAUAGCUUUUGUAUACAAUUAUGAUCCGAUAUCUAUACAAGUUUCCUGAUUCAUAGGGUUCAUACAUAUGGGCGUUCUGUGAAAAGAAGAGGGUUGUUAUGUGGAAGUGUAUCUAAUUGCUGAGUUCAGUUGAGUAUUGAUCAUCAAAUCGCUUUGUGCACAUGCAUGCAGAAAGACUCCUGACCCUGUUGGUAUAUUCUGGUCUCUGAAGGCCACUGGAUGAUGAAACGACAUGAGUAUGUUUACAUCUAUGUAUCACAUGUUGAACAAUGACUUGUAGCCUUUUGUAGCUUAAUAUAGCUAAAUUUGGUGCCUGGCUGAAAUGAAUUGUCAAUAGAAAUAGCAUGGAAUGAUCUUUUAUAGGUCACAAUACACCAAAGACAACAGUAGAAGUUAGUUGAAACAGGUUUUGUCAUCUCCGUUAUUUUCUUUUUUUUAAGACCCUAGUUCACAUGGGUACACUUCCUCAUUUUAUCAUUUUUGUUAUCCAAAAUCUUGUGUUAAAGUGGAAUUGUCUUUCACAGAAUGUGCUGGAGUCAGUGGAAUGUGCUAACCAUUAUGUUUGUGACGAGGAUGGUAAGGACAUUUAGAGACGAUGAGGACCUUUUUAAUCAGAGUGCUGUAUUGUUGAGUGUUGCUCUGUAUGAACACCACACAAGGAACAUCUCUUUUUUCUGAGAUGCCAUUUUUGUAUUUAUUUAGAUAUUUAAAAAAACAACAACUGUAAAGUAAACGUAUCUAUUGCGCCUGUUAAAUAUUUAAUAACCAUAUUUUGUUAUGUUUUUGUAACAAGAGUUAUUUACUCCAUUAUCUUUGACAAUAUUGGUACUCAACCAUCAUCUGUGACACAAUACAAUGUAUAGGUUGGCUCUGUUGUGAUGUUCAGAUGGAGGACAGCAGGUGUAAUGAUUCUUACUGUGAAUGCCCCAAAGCGAACGCCCCCCCGCUUAAGAUCUAUGAAAUGUAUAUAACAGAAAUCACAGAGUGCCUUUAUUUCCAUCCUCCCAUGACAUGCUCUUACUGGAGCCUACCUUUACAUUUGUACUGAGAGUCCAUCAAUUUGUAUUGAUGUUGGGUUGAAGUGUUUCACAUUACACUUUGGAUAAGUCUUUUAUUUGUAAAUAUGUAACAUGUUAUGUGUCAUCUACCAGCAAUUCAAUUAGGAUAUUCAGUACCCUGGACCUGUUUCUUUGUGCUGCGUUGUGCGGUUAUCAUUUAAAGGUACUUGGGACAAUGAAUACAUGUAAUAAACCCGAACCUUGUAUUGUAAUUGUUUUGUUUCUUUAAAGGGGCUAUUUGAAUGAUUUUUACUACUAGCAUAAAGGACCAAAAGAUAUUUGCAGGGAAUGUUUUAAGCUGUUUCAAGUAUUUUUACAGAAUUGUUCCAAGUGCCUUCGAUAUUCCCCAUUGAAACCUUCUCACCAGACC